CCCCGGAGCAGCGCCCAGGCAACCAUUGAGGCGUCACGGUUCGUCACAGGAGAUUCAGAGCCGGGCGGCUGCGGGCGGGGCGUCGCACCUCUCUUCAACGCACCUGUCCUCAACCAUGAGCCCCAGGGGCACGGGCUGCUCCGCCGGGCUGCUGCUGACGGUCGGCUGGCUGCUCCUGGCGGUCCUCCCGUCUGCGCGCGGGACCAACGUCACCGCCGCCGUGCAGGAUGCCGGCCUGGCCCACGAAGGCGAGGGCGAGGAGGAGACCGAAAACAACGACAGCGAGACCGCGGAGAACUACGCCCCGACUGAAACCGAGGAUGUUUCAAAUGCGAAUGUAGUCAAAGAAGUAGAAUUCGGAAUGUGCACCGUUACAUGUGGUAUUGGUGUUAGAGAAGUUAUAUUAACAAAUGGAUGCCCUACUGGUGAAUCCAAGUGUGUCGUACGGGUUGAAGAGUGCCGUGGACCAACAGAUUGUGGCUGGGGUAAACCAAUUUCAGAAAGUCUUGAAAGUGUUAGACUGGCAUGUAUUCACACAUCUCCUAUAAAUCGUUUCAAAUAUAUAUGGAAACUUCUAAGGCCAGACCAACAAUCCAUUGUACUUGUAAAUGAUUCAGCAAUCCUAGAAGUACGCAGGGAAAAUUACCCCUUGGCUUUCCAGUGUGACACAUUGGAUAAUAAUGAAAUAGUAGCAACUAUUAAAUUCACAAUCUAUACGAGCAGUGAAUUGCAAAUGAGAAGAUCAGGCCUACCGGUCACUGAUGCAGCCCUAAUUUUUGUGCUGACCGUAGGAGUCAUUAUCUGUGUAUUUAUAAUCUUCUUAUUGAUCUUCAUAAUCGUAAAUUGGGCAGCAGUCAAGGCUUUCUGGGGGCCAAAAGCCUCUACACCUGAGGUACAAUCAGAGCAGAGUUCUGGGAGAUACAAAGAUUCAACUUCUCUUGACCAAUUACCAACAGAAAUGCCUGGUGAAGAUGAUGCUUUAAGUGAAUGGAAUGAAUGAUGUAUGAAUGAUAUAUAACAAAUCAAAGGAUAUUACAGAAUAUUAGAUUCAUUAUUAUAAAAAUAAAAUAUACAUUGAAAUACUUUAA